AUGGCCGCAUCCCUCGAUCGUAGGCGUGCCAAUGGACCAGAGACCUACGCUCCACGCUACGUCUCUUUCUCUCAUUUCCACUCUCUGCCCGGCGCAUCGAGCGGCGGCGCAUCAACCUUGACGGCACCCGCUGUCGCGCGCGCACGCGCACGCGCACCACCACCGCAGCCAUUCUACAUCGCCUUGGGCACCUCACCGCAAGCAUCGGGAUCGAGCUACGUGGAGGCGGACUGUUUGAGGCUUGUAUGCGCAGUGUACGGACCCAGGCAAUCCAAAGGUCGCGCUUACAGUGCCAAAGCCGAGCUGAACGUAGAGGCUCGUUACGCACCCUUUGCGUGCGCCUCGCCUCCUGCUGCUGCUGCUGCUGCUGCUUCGGCAUCAUCAAGUCAUCAUCGUCGCCGAAAGCCGGGAAAGGAUGUGGAAGCAGCAGCAUUGAGCUCAGCGUUGCAGUCUGCGCUUCUGCCUAGCAUUCGCAUAGAGUUGCUUCCCAAAGCGACGAUCGAUGUGCACGUCACCAUCAUCCAGAGUCCAGCGGCAGAAGGAGAAGGAGGAGGAGGUGAGAGGUGGGACGAUGCGCUCUGUCUACCCUGGGCUAGCAUAGCAGCCAGCGCAGCCAUAGCGCAUGCGGGCAUCGAAAUGUGGGCAUUGGUCGUGGGCUGUUGCGCAGUGAGUUGCGAGUCGCGAGUCGCGAGUCGCGCGUCGCGCGUCGCGCGUCGCGGGGUCCACGAAUGUCUGUGUUUGGAAAAGUGUCGCGCGAUACCAUAUCUUACAGGUUCGACCCCCCCUUCCUCCCCGCCCAGUCCAUUCCUCGCAAUCCAGACGUGCCAAUCGAGGUGCACCCGCAUGGUGACGAGUGUUCACCUCGACAAUCCAAAGCCAUCGUGACGCUUAGCACCAUGCCGAGUCUGGGAAGCGUGACGGCCAUGGAGAUUAGCGCUUUGGGAGGAGGUCAAGGGGCCAGCUUGGAAGAGGUGGACAAGGUGAGCGAGAGCUUGCGGGCGUGCGAGAGUGCGAGACUGCGCCUGUGCGCCCGAGAUGGUGCAUCGCUGAGACGCCCGCACACGCACACAUUCACAGGCCAUCGCCAUCCUCACAAAGACGAACGAGUCGCUACAUUUCACAGUCGCGCGAGCGCUUCAAGAAUCGCACUCGGCCAGAGAGGCAGCGCGAUAG